AUACUUCUUUCCAGAAAACUACCAAGAAGAAAUUUGGCUCCCCUUCAUGUCUGGUCGUUUUUUUUCUUCGACAAAAAUUUAUCAGAAUCCCACAUAAUAGCGAAAUUUACCAACUAGGGACUUUGACGAAAGCUCAAACACAUCUCUAGCAGAUUCGUUUAGUCACAUCCACCUUUGCUUCUGUAUAAACACACACAGGGAACGAGGAAGGGAUGCAAACUGUCGUGUUAAAGCCAGCUCUAUGCUACCGCCCUCGACAAUCCCUAUACUGUUCUUCUCUAUCACUUCAGAGGUGGAGUUUAUUUGGAACAAAAGUUUCGCUUGCAAGAAGGCGUAAUCCUCUGCGAUGGGGUUUAUGUAGGUCCCUGCGAAUUCCACCUCGGCUUCUAACGAGCAGGAUAGCAGUUGUAAAGGCUGUAGCUACUCCAGAUCCAGUGGUGGAAUUGCCUCUAACGGCAGAGAAUAUUGAAAGUGUAUUAGAUGAAAUUAGACCAUAUCUCAUUGCAGAUGGGGGGAACGUGGCUUUAUAUGAGAUUGAUGGCAAUGUUGUACGGUUGAAGUUACAAGGGGCAUGUGGAUCAUGCCCAAGUGCUGUUAUGACAAUGAAGAUGGGUAUAGAGCGUCGUUUAAUGGAAAAGAUUCCUGAAGUAGUUGCAGUUGAAUCAGUACCGGAUGAAGAGACUGGCCUUGAGCUGAAUGAAGAAAAUAUAGAAAAGGUACUGGAAGAAAUAAGGCCUUACCUUGUUGGAGCAGCCGGGGGAUCUCUGGAGUUAGUGGCAAUUGAGGAGCCAAUUGUGAAAGUAAGAAUUACCGGUCCAGCAGCAGGAGUGAUGACUGUCCGAGUGGCAGUUACACAAAAAUUGCGAGAGAAGAUCCCAGCAAUUGCUGCAGUUCAGCUUCUUUAAUAUCUCUCCAACCUUCUGGAAUUAAAUGUGUAGUUUUUUGCCAAUAAAUAGUUGAAUACAAUCUGUAUAGUUUAUGAAUGGAUACGAAUCCAGUUUGUAGAAUGGAAGUUUUAGUCAAAUUUGGCCUUAAAAAGUUUGCUAAAGUUGUGGAAAGCA